AUGUCUACGACACCUACGUCAUCAACAACAAUAACGACAAAAAAGGAGAAAAAUGAAGAACAGUUUGAACUUGAACAACAAUUUAUUCUUCGAAUGCCACCAGGUGAAUAUGCAACACGUUUACGUGAGUUAAUUGAUUCUGGUGAUGAAAAAAUUCGUGAACGUCUUUUUAUUGAUUUAAAUCCUGAACGAAGACGUGGUCGUGUUAAAUUUGAUGACACUGUUUUUAAAGCUGCCCUCUAUGAUUUACCAUGUAUCACAGAAACAUAUAAAACAUUUGAUCGAAAAACUUUAUAUAAAAUAGCUGAUAUUGCUCAGAUUCUUGUUUGUCGAUUACCGGGCGAUCUUAGCUCGAGUGAUGAUGAUGACGAUGAUGAUGAAACAAUAAAACGAUCAAAUACAAAUGCAACAACACUCUCCGAUGGUGGAAAUGAGAAAAAAAAGAAAGAAAAAGAUAAAGAAAAAAAAUUUCAAUGGCCACAUGGAUUAACACCACCAUUAAAAAAUGUACGAAAGCGUCGUUUUCGUAAAGUAGCUCGGCAAAAAACUCAAGAUCGAGAUGAAAUGGAACAAGAAGUACGACGUUUAUUUCGAGCUGAUAAUGAAGCAAUUGAUGUUAAAUGGGAAAUAAUUGAUGAUGAUCAAGAAAUAGAAGUUAAUAAACCAACAGAUAAAGAUCCACUUGAACAUACUGAUCUAUUCGGUGGUGCUGUUAGUGAAUCAGAUGAAGAAGAAACAUCACAGAAAGAUAUUGUCGAACAUCAUCAAGCUCCAAAUUCUAUUGAUCAACGAAUGGAUUUUGAAGGUUUAUUUAGUGGUGAUAUGGGUGAAUUGAGUAAUAUGGAUACAGCCUCACACGUAAAUCCAAUCGAAGAAGAUAAUACUAAUCAAUCUCAAUGGCAACAACAAGAUGAUUUAAAUCUUGAUGACAAUACUACUACUGGUGGUUUAUCAGAAGAAACACGAACAAAACUAGAUGAAUGUCAAAAUGAAUUAGAUCGUUUAAAUAAUGAAAAAUCUAAUCUUGAUGCUCAAUUAGCUGAAAUGAAUAAUCCUGUACUUCGAAAUCUUUUAUUAACAAGAAUUAAUUCAAUUCAAUCAGAAAUUGAGCGUGCACAAAUGGAGUACGAUCAAUUAUCAAAUAUGUAG